AUGAACAGUGGUUCUCCGUCGUUGGAUCUCGAGGCAAAUAACAAUCCGGUAUCGAGAAGGGACACUAUUCGACUCACUGACUACGAGCGUGAGUAUAAACGACGCCGCUUUGCCGUUUACAAUUUCCUCGACCAUCCCCGAUCGGCUUCAAAUUUCCCAUAUCAUUUCAGUAUUUUCGUGUUUGUUUUGAUCUCUGUUAUUGUUGGUGCUUUAGCUGAUGCAAGUCCGGAUGAUAAAACUUUCUACAAUGUCAAUUUCAUUAUGGAAGUGGUGCUGGCCAUCUUUUUCAUUCUCGAGUUCGCGAUCAGAAUCUGGUCAAUUGGUGCUGAUGCGAAAUAUAAAGGAUUUAGAGGUUUUCUCUAUUACGCUUGUCGUCUUGUCUGCAUGAUUGAUAUGCUUAUUAUUUUGGUCACUUUUGGAAUGCUCUUCAUCGACAGAGAGAAGAAUCGUGGUGUCCUUCUUGACGUGUUGCGUUUUGUACAAAUUCUCCGACUUUUCCAUAUCGAUCGACAAAUGACUACAUGGAAUAUGAUCAGAAAGAUGACAUUGAGAAGCUUAUUCGAGCUCACAGCAGCUUACUACAUUUGCUCAUUGCUAUUUAUGGUGAUGUCGUUAUCCGUUUAUGAGAUGGAAUCACUUUUCGAUCGGAAUCACAACGCAAAAGUGAAAAAUGAGACAGAAGCAAUUGAUUCAACUUUUAACAACUACGGAGAUGCAAUGUGGUUUACGAUUGUCUCUUUCUUGACUAUUGGUUAUGGUGAUAUUGUCCCCAAGCACUGGCCAUCAAAAGUGAUUACGUGUGUGCUCGCGUAUGCCAUUUAUUGCACCUUUAUCGCUGCCUCGACUUUGGUCUCGGUCGGAAUGACGUUGAUGAUGGAAAGUGAGACAAAAGACAAGCAAUACUCGAAAGUGAGAGGAGCUGCCGCGGAAGUGAUUCAACAUUGGUUCCGCUAUCAUCUUGCCACAAAUCGGAAACAGACAUGGAACACGAUUCCAUAUUUCAAGCAUGUGUGCUUUAAAUUGUAUCUGGCUGAUGGAAAGAUUAAAAAGACAAGAGAGUACACAAAGAAGAUCAAGGAAAAAUAUGGAAAGAAUACGGAAAAAAAACCGGAGAAUAAAGACAAGAAACUAUUGCGAUACACCUCGUUGAUCACACAAUUGACAAUGGAUGACUACUACAAUGAUCCAAAUGCAAAGCCGACUCCUGUCAAGAGAGAUUCUCUACUGUCAAAGGCAAUGUCUCUACAAAGAUUCUCGAUUAUCCCAAGGACUUUUAGCGCUCAAAGUAUGGACGAGCCGGAUCGGCGAGGGUUCAAGAAAGAGGUGGCAGCAAAACGGGCAUCAAGACUUGAGAAAACCUCUCCUUCAUCCUCAAUCUCUUCCUCAUUCGAUGGCAACGAUUUAGACAAAGAAGUUGAUAUUCAAAUGCUCUAUGAGAAUACCUCUUUUGACAGCAAACGGACUAGUUACGAUAUAAAUGCCAUUGAUGAGGAGGUUCUUCGAAAGUAUCGUCCUCUCAUUCGUUUCUUCAACUAUCUUCUUUUUCUCCGAUGCAUGCGGAAAUUUAAGAGAUUGAGAAAACCGUAUCAACUGCUUGAUGCCGAGACGGAGCUUUGUGAGAUGGAGCACAACAGGAAUCAACUGUUUCAUGAUCUCGAAAUUAAAUUGGAGGCAACGAUUGGAAAGCCCAGUCCUUCACCGUUUCACCAUAACGAGGGUAAGUUAUCAAUCGAGAAACGGCUGCAAGCUGUGGAGCAGCACACAGAGGAUAUGGACGGAAAAGUGCAAGAGAUCAUCCGAUUGGCUGAGGCAAUUGCUGAGAUUGUUGGCCUCCAAGAGCACAAAAUCUCGGAGGUCGUGCAAAACGCGAAACCAGAUCGACGAAAGAAAACUUUGCGGCGACAAAAUACACUCGCCGAAAUCGAGUGGCAUCAA